AUGUUGUUCUGCGGCAAUGUCGGCAAUAUUUUGCAAACGCCAAAAAAAACUUAUCCAUCGUCUGAUAACGGAAAUCAAAGUUGCUGUAGGUUGUGUGGUUCAGUUAAGGACUUUAAGUAUUAUAAAAAUCUCUUUAAGAAGUCAAAUAAAGAAUUGCUCGCAGUGGCUGAGGCGGUGUAUGGAGUAACUCUACCUGGGAAUGAAUUAAGGCCACAUCUACUAUGUAGGCCUUGUGAACGACGGUUAAAUAAUUUCAAAGCAUUCAGGGCUAUGAUCACUGAAAGCCAAAGUCACUUCCAAAGGAGCAAUAGAGUGAAAAGAUGUAUUGAAGCAUCACCGUCGGCGCCCCGAACGCUGAAGAGCGCGAAGGAUGAUACCAGUAAUACUACUACUCGUCGUCGCCGCGGUCUGAAUUUCGCCGUCGCUGGUGAUAAAAAAGACUUGUCUUUAACUGAAAAGGAGGUAAGAAAAAGAAAAAUAUAAUUUUUGUGUCAUUAAUAAUUCUUCUGCGUGGGUACGACAGCAUUCCAUUUAUUUCGUUGUUUGUAUGGUGAUUCACGAUUGUGACACCUCAAAUAUUUUCUCACACCUUCAGAAUGACUUACCGGAACCACUGGAGAUCUCUCAAACCAUGAAUCUGCAAGAAAAUCCAGCUCAACCAAAGGUAAAUUUAUUUUUAAGCUUGUUUUCAUUCAUUCAUAGGCUUGUUGUUCGGUUACUUGUCAAAUAAUUUCAGAAUUACUGAGUAAGAUUCUAACUUGCUCGACAAGGAUGCCGUUGUUAAUUUCACCUUCGUAUUUUCCUGUAGAUAAGAAGCCCUUUAGCUGACGAAGACAGAUUUGAAGACAUUCUGCAAAAAGUUCUUGUUAAAGUAGAAAAUGAGUUGUUAGAGGUGGCGCGAAGAGUGACAAAGUCGGUUCUAAGAGAACGAGGAUUUCCCGGUAUGAGUACGCUAAACUUCGAGGAGAUUGUCAAAGAAGUAGAGACUCAAUGUCCAACAGUGUUCAAGUUGUUAUCGCAGAUGAUCCAACUCAGUCACAACUCCGAUAAAAAGACAGCUCCUUUGGCUCUUAUAUAUGGAAUCAUUAUGUUUAGGAGAUGCAAA